AUGAGAAUCAACGCGAUCAUCGCCUCUGCCAUCCUGGCUGCCACCGUCUCCGGUGCCGCUCUGCCACUACCUGUUGCCGCCGCUGCCCCUGCCACUAUCGGCCAGCGUGAAGCUGAGGCUGAGGCUGAUUGGGAACCUCCAACACGCCCUUAUGGUCUACCUAUUGGUGGAAAGCGUGAGGCUGGUCCCGAAGCUGAAGCCGAGGCUGGUUGGAAACCUCCAAAACGUCCUUAUGGUCUACCUGUUGGUGGUAAGCGUGAAGCUGCUCCUGUGGCUGCGUGGACACCUCCAUGGCGUCCUUACGGCCUGCCUAUUGGUGGUAAGCGUGAAGCUGCUCCUGUGGCUGCGUGGAAACCUCCAAAACGUCCUUAUGGUCUACCUAUUGGUGGCAAGCGUGAGGCUGACGAGGAAUAA